AUGUACUCGGGGAAUGCGUUCGGCUCACGCGAGGAGGAGUACGAUUAUUUGUUCAAAGUCGUUUUAAUCGGUGACUCAGGUGUUGGAAAGAGCAACCUAUUAUCCCGAUUUACUAGGAAUGAAUUCAAUUUGGAGAGUAAAAGUACGAUUGGUGUGGAGUUCGCCACCAGGUACUGGCCUCUAGAAUUGUUCUGUUACACCUAUUCAGGAGCGUUCACCAGGAGCGUUCAGUUUGGUGGCAAAACUAUAAAGGCACAAAUUUGGGAUACAGCCGGACAGGAACGUUACCGAGCCAUAACAUCCGCCUACUACCGUGGGGCAGUCGGCGCCCUCCUUGUCUACGACAUCUCCAAACAUUCUACGUACGAGAAUGUCACACAGUGGUUGCACGAAUUGCGUGAUCACUCUGAUCAGGACAUUGUUGUAAUGCUCAUCGGGAACAAGUGUGACCUACGACACCUUCGCAUGGUACCAACAGACGAAGCCCGAGAAUUCGCCAUGCGGGAGAAGUUAUUCUUCACAGAAACCUCGGCCUUGGAUGCCACCAAUGUGGACGAAGCUUUUGUGCAAGUCCUUAAAGAAAUCUACAAACUUGUGAUUGCCAACCCAUCUAGCGGCAUGAACACACUUCCCAUCAAACCUAUCCCAGGUCCUUCGGUUGAAGAUCAGCCUACAAAGAGAAGUUGCUGCUGAAGCGGCUACUACUCCAUCUGAUUCAGCCAUUUUUCCAUCCCAGAAGACCUGACUGAAUACUCCAAACAACAGUGCUUCUCCGUUCAUCCCGGCAACUGUACACACAUACUUUAUGAACUUCGGUUUCUUUUUUUUACAACAGAGCAAUUUUAUAUGUCCUGUUUACCUGACCUUGUUCCCGUCUGAUUGAACUGCUCUGCUCUGCUCUGCUCUGCCUUCGUCCCACCUUAUCACUCUCCUGUGCUCUUGUAGGCUGUGACAGAACAAAUGGGGAAUUCAAACCUAUCCUGGUGACUUGCUGUCUCUGUGUGCAUCACAGUUUAUUGGGGGCUGUCUGGGUGUUAUUCACAUCAACUCAUGCCACCCCACCUGGCCUCCCUCAUACACCUUUUAUCCGUUUCGUUGCGUCCGAAUGCGUUGAGUCGUGGCAUGCACGGAGCAAAGACUCCCGCGGAAUACUAUCUUGUUCCUGUUAUCCUUGUUACAGUGUUAUGAUUCUCCCACAGUCAGAUGCUACAAACCAAUGGGAUUAAAAGAUUACUCUGUUUGGGACACGUGCUUCUCAUCCUGUAUCCUUUUGAUAGGCAUCAAUAGAUGUUUUCAUUAUCGC